AUGAACCUCGACCAACAAUUGACAGCCGUCUCGAGAACCGUCGAAAGGACCACUCUCGAAUCUGGAGAUGAAGGACGCAUCAUCACCAUCAGCCAGACUUUCGACAUUGAUGCGCCGACUCUGUGGGAAACCUGCACGAAGCCAGACAAGAUCAAGCAGUUCUUCUCUCCAGUCUCAGGCAAUCUCUCCGUCAACGGUCGCUUCCAGGUCGAGAACAACGCCAGCGGUAUCAUCGAGAAGUGUGUUCCACCUUCCAACUUCCGUAUGUCUUGGGAGUUUGGCGGCAGCACCAGCUGGGUCGAGGUCUGCAUCCGCAAAGUCAGCGAGACUCAGUCUCGCCUCGAGCUAUCGCACACGGCACCCGUCGACAAGCAUUGGGAAGAGUAUGGUGCUGGAGCAGGUGGCGUUGGUUGGGAAAUGUCGUUUGCUGGACUGGCGUAUCAUCUCAAGGGCGUCAAGGUCAGACCGGAGUGGUUCGGCCAGGACGAGACAAAGACAUACUUGGCCAAGUGUAGCGAGGCUUGGGGAGGGGCUGCCGUGCUCGGAGGCGAGGAUCCAGAGGUUGUAAAGGAGAGGGUUGAGCGGACUACUGGUUUUUAUGUGCCUGGUUGA